GCGCAAACGACGCAAAGGCGCGAAGCAGGUCGGCAUCUCAUCUUGGCUGGGCUCUCCGGGGGAGAUUGAGCUCGUUGCCGUCGUGCUCGUAAGGGAAAGAGGAAGAGGCAGAUUCAAUCGGUCACUAGAGUCAUGGAGGAGCAAUUCAUACUUAGAGUUCCACCAGCUGUUGCUGAGCGUAUAGAACGUCUUCUCAAUGAAAAUGCUUCUUCGUCUGAUGACAAGUCAUUAGAUUUGUCAUUUCCUGAGGAUGGGAGGAGUGGUACAUUUAGCAUUGGGGAUGAUCAUUUCCCCGCAUCUCUGUUGGACCUUCCUUGUGUGGUGGAAUCCUACAAAACAUAUGACGAUAGUUGCUUGAUAAAGACUGCUGAUAUUGGUCAGAUGAUUAUGGUUAGAGAACCUGAUGAUGCGGCUCCAGAUGUGAUUGAGUACAGACACGGUCUCACCCCACCCAUGAGAGAUGCCCGCAAGCGCAGAUUUAGGAGAGAACCGGAUCUAAAUCCUGAGCUUGUAUCACGAGUUGAGAAAGAUCUUCUGAAGAUCAUGGCUGGAGGAACAGCAGACAAUGUUGAUAUCCUUGUUUUGUAUACACAUGUGGAAGCAGCUGAGCAAGAGGCAGGGGCUAAUAAAAAAGCAGCGGCCGCGCCUGUCACAAAAGAUGAUGCUCCCCAGACUGUUACAAAUGCUGGGGAGGCUGAUAGGAGUGACUCUGACGAAUCUGAUGACUCUGUCUGAUUGUAAUCAGUUACAAAUCUCAAAGGAAGCUUGUGCAGCAGCAAUGAUGGGAAGCUCACGUUCUGUGGCUUUUUCUGUUUUAUUUUAAAUCUGUUGUAGAUAAGAAUAUCUCCCAUACUAUGGCCUACUGUGUGUAUUUGCCAUCCUGUAUUAUGUACUUUAACUUCUAAUUUGCUGGUUAUAUUGUUAGACCAUCUAUAACAGCAUCUCAGGUAGAUCAUGACCAAUAUACUCCUCCGGUCCUAAAUAUAAGAUCCAUUUUGUA